AUGUCCCUCGGGAACUUCUUGGCUGAUGAGACCCCCGCGACUUCCAGCUUUGGUGCCGGCCGCCCCUCUGGUGGCAUGGGCUUCGGCGGCAGCGGUGGUUUCUCCGACCGUAUUGAGCGUGGUGGAUAUUCCAUUCGCGAGCCCCUCGACCUCCCCACCGAGCCUCCGUUCACUUGCCACGUCGGCAACCUGUCCUUCGAUGCGACCGCCGACGACAUCUCCGACCUGUUCUCUGGAUGCGGUGUGACCAAUGUCCGAAUUGUGGAGGACAAGAUGACCAAGGCCCCUAAGGGUUUCGGUUACGUUGAGUUCGAGACCGUCGAAGGCCUGCAGAAGGCCCUGGAUCUGUCUGGCACUUCCCUCCAGGGACGCACCAUCCGCACCAGUGUCGCAGAGCCUCCCAAGGAAUCGCGCUUUGAAGCCCGUGAUGUCGACUGGACCCGCCGUGGACCCCUUCCUGGCCCGCCUGAGCGCCGUAUGCCCGAGCGGUCCAGCUUUGGCCGUAACAUGGAUGCCGCUUCUGAUGCCGGAAGCGACCGCGGUGGCCGUCGCAGCAACUUCGAGGGUGACGGCAAGUUCCGUGACUUCAGCAACUGGGAACGCAAGGGCCCUCUUUCUCCUUCCGCUGGCCCUGUGCGUGAGGGUGGCCGUCCUCGUGACAACGAUGGCCCUGGAUCUGGCUUCCGCCGAAGCUCGCCCGCUUGGGGUGAGGGUCGUUCGCAGGAUGAUGGAUCUCGUCCCCCGCGCCCGGAGCGCGCUCCUCCCGCUCCUACCGCUGCUGAUAUGGACAACCAGUGGCGCGCUAGAAUGCGCCCCGACCAGGCUGCCGAGCCCAGCAACCCUCCCUCUCCCGCCGCCCCUGCUACUCGCCCGAAGCUGAACCUGGCCAAACGCACCGUUGCGGAUGCGCCUACCGGCCCCGCCUCGGGUGGUGAUUCGAAGGCUAGCCCCUUUGGUGCGGCUCGCCCGAUCGACACUGCUACUCGUGAGCGUGAGGUGGAGCAGAAGCGUCAGCUUGCCAUCCGUCAAAAGAAGGAGAGUGAUGAGAAGGUCAAGGCCGAGAAGGCCGAGAAGGCUAAGCAAAAGACCCCCGGUACCGAUUCGAACAAGGACGGCGUCGAUACUCCCCAGGGAGCCAAGAACUUUGAGAUUCUGCGACGGGCUGGUGGUGAUGAGAGCGGCAUGCCUGCUGACGAGGAGACCGUCGAGGAGACCGCCGCCGCUACCCCGGCUGCCGAGGAGGCCCAGAAGAAGGAGUCCGCUAACGGCAACUGGAGAACCGCGGAGGCUCCCGCUCCCACCGAAGAUAACGACGGAUGGAGCACCGUUGGUACGAAGCAGCGCAACAACCGUCGUGGCCAGGCCGGUCGUGCAUAG